AUUAUACUUCGCGUCGCCCCGUCCAUCCCAUCCUAGCUUUGAACCUUCACAACACGCUUUCGGUGACCUCACGACAACUCACAUAUCGACCGAUCUUCACAGGACCCAUUCAUACUGUCAUCAUGGCCGACGAUGCCGAGAUAAUGCGGUCGCACCACCCUCUCCACCGGAUGGUACUCUGUUGUACCUCAGUGGAGAUGACCGAACGAAACGAGAUCCAAAGGCAGUGCGAAGACAUGGGCGCGCGCCACAUCCUCGAUCUGACAUCGGAAGUUACCCACCUCAUCUGCGGCGAACUCUUCUCUCCCAAAUACCGCUAUGUGGCGAAGAUGCGCCCGGACGUGAAGGUAAUGACGACGAAGUGGGUCGAGGCAAUGUACAGGCAGUGGAUCGACGGUGAAGAUAUUGAUCCGCAGAUGUUCGAGGCGGAGCAUCGCCUGCCUGUGCUCUACAACCUCAAGAUCUCGGUAACGGGCAUUGCCGAUGUCGCGGAACGCAAACGGAUCGAAGAGAUAUGUCAGCAAGAAUCGGCAGCCUACCAUCCUGACCUCACGUAUGCAGUCUCGCAUCUCAUUGCCGCCGCGCCCACGGGCAAGAAAUACGAAUUCGCACGAGCCCAUAGAAUGACCGUAGUGACACCGGAAUGGCUGGCGGACAGUCUUGAGCGUGGUAUGGCCCUAGACGAAAAAUGCUACGAUCCUUUAUUGCCGCCGGAAGAAAUUGGUGUCGGUGCGAAGCCUUCCAAGUCCUCGGUGCAGACGGUGGUGGCAGAGUUCCGUGGGAAACGGAAGAUCCGAAAAGCCACACAGGACAAGCUCGGAGGACAGAGUCAAUCACUUUGGGACGAUAUCGUGGGUCAGGCUGCGAAUGUUAAGCCAGUGAAGCGGGACGAGUGGGAGGAUGGCCUUAAUCAGGCGGAUGGUGUGCCCAGCGAUAAAAGGGAUCGCCGGGAAUCGGGCUUUGAACCCAUGGCCGUAGAUCGACCGGUGCCCGCGAGGGGAGGCAUGUUCGCCAAUGCGUGUUUCUGGAUCUGGGGGUUUGAAGAUAAACAAUUGGCCGCCCUCAAAUCGGCGCUGGUACCCCACGACGGCACCAUUGUCAAUUCACUCAACGAGUUGAGUGCAGCUUCCCAGUUCAUCUGGAAGCUUGUAGUGGUCCCCCGUGAGAAGCGCGUGAACGAAUGUCCAAAAAUACCAGAGGAUCAAGACAUGGUCACCGUCACGGAAUGGUGGUUGGAAUCAUGCCUUCAUUACAAGAAAUUUGUCACACCGAUGGGAGACUUCACGACUAUGCCAAUUGAAGAGUUCGCAAUAGAAGACAUGAAAGAAAUGGACAUUUGCAUCACCAAUUUCACUGGGAUAGACCUCUUGUACUAUCCACGCUUAGUCCGCCUUCUGGGUGCAAACUUCCAUGAAGUGCUCCGGAAGAACAGAUCACUGCUCAUAACCAACGACUCACGAGAGGAUGGAAGCCCAAAGAUCUGCUACGCUCACGCCAAUAAUAUCUCGGUGGUGACUGGAGAAUGGCUGGUUGAAUGUCUCAAGCAGCAUAAAAAGCUCUCCUACGAAGAAUAUCUCAUCAAGCCCCCAGGCAAGGGGUCCCUUCUAGGCGACAAGUUCAAGAGGAAGCCCGAAACUGAGCUGGCAAGCGCGAGUAAAAGGACUGCACUUGAGUCUCAGCCACCGAGCGAUAAUGGGAGCGGUGAAGGUAAAAACCCUCAACAACCGAACCCCAGUCAGAGCAUCCUAAGUGAGGGCGAGUCCAAGAGAAUGGAGGGAAAGAAGACCUUGAAUGGGUGCACUGUAUGCGUCAGCAAACAGCUCAAGAAACGUAAAGAGGAGCUGGAGAAAAUUGCUAGAGAACUCGGUGCACAGGUUCUCGCCACAUUCGACGAGAACACACAAUUAACUCAUCUUGUACAUUGGUCUUCCCCUGGUAAACCUUUGAUGCUGUCAAAAGAGUACCGCAUAGCUUAUUCGAUCGCUGAUUGCCUGAUCGUUACUGGCGAUUGGCUGUAUAAGUGCCGGGAAGCAAUGGCACGAGUUGAUGAGAAGGGUUUCCAUCCCGCCGGUGAGCCAACUGCCGCAUCGAAAGAUACCGGGGACUCUAAGAACGUCCUCGCCAUUGGACAGGCAGUUCCCCUCCCUCAUAUUCCCAAAGUGCCAUUUGCACAGCACCUGGAGGAUAUGAAGACGAGCUUCCGUCCGGAACCAACAUCUCCUCGUCCCAUGUCUCCUGCCCCUCGCAGAAAUACUGGCGAAAACGAUCCCAUUCCUUCCGUAAUACCUACUCCUCUCGCCGAAUGCGCCGAAACCAGAGUCAAUGAGAUUUCAAGCUCCUCAUCCGGCGGCUCAACGAACCUCCCAGAACGCAAAAGCAGCAACCUCUCCGGUAUAUCCGAGAUCCUAGGGAAGCUGGGCAAAGAUGAACUCCUGGCGUCCUCCAAUGCGCACAAAAAGACGCGGGGCCGCCUACAAGGCAAAGCGGUGGCUGGCAAGCAGCGCGUGUUUUCACGCACUCCAUCCGGCACCUCAAAAGUUGGUGACCAGUCCGAUCUCCCCGCUAUUACGCCCUCGACUCCUGUCGAACCAUCUCGGCUGGAGCCUACGCCCGAGGAACAACUCGUCCAGAGCCAGGCGUUGGGAUAUAACUACGAGGAAACUCACAUGGAGAAGAAAAUUGUCAGGGCGAAGCUGGAUAAGUCUGCGCCGGUUGAAACGUCCAGGGCUGUCAAGGCGUCGAGAGUACAGAAGCCUAGGGGUGCAGUAGACUUGGUGCCGACGCCGAGGAGAAGUGGGAGGAGGAGCGGUGGUGGGCUCGAGGGAAUUUAAGGGUUUCUAGGUAUCGGAAUUCGGUGGUACGGUACUGAUUGCUCGGUUGUUGGACAUUUCAUUGAUGGCGUUUGAAUCUCUUUUUUCUUUCUUACUUUUCCACAUAUAAACAGCAGGCGUUUGUUUUUCCUGCCUUUGCUUGGUCUCUGAGGCAGCUUUGUCUCUAGACUACGAUCUACGACGUGCAAAUGUUUUUUUUAAGGGGAGUACAUAAUUUUAAUGAAAAUUGACGAGU